AUGAGUGAAAGAAAAGAUGAGAACGUGCCGGACGAGAACAUGGAAGUCGAUGAGGAGAUGGAUGAGUUUGACGACAAUGAAGAAGCUCCAAUUGAUAAUGGUCAACUUUUUGGUCAAGAUGCUGAGAAAAGCAGCGAGAACAACAAGAAUUCCUCUGCGAAGCCACGUCUAGAUGAUGGCUCUGGUAAGCUGUUUGAGCUUCCCGAAUUCACAAAGAAGGAUAAGACACUUGAUGAUAUACUGCAACUCGUAGAGGACAGCCCUCCCAUAAUUCCCGAUGCUGUAAUAGAUUACUAUUUGAUGAAGAACGGUUUUGAUUGUGCAGACGUCAGAGUUAAGAGAUUACUUGCCUUAGCAACCCAAAAAUUUGUCAGUGACAUCGCAGCAGAUGCAUAUGAGUAUUCAAGAAUUAGAUCAUCGGUCGCAGUCAAUAACGCCAACAACGGACAGGCAAGAGCAAGACAACUAAUGCUGGGACAACAACAACCAGGUCAACAGCAAAUAUCCCAACAACAACAACAACAGAAUGAAAAGACUACUGCCAGUAAAGUGGUCCUGACAGUUAAUGAUCUAAGUAGUGCCGUCGCAGAGUACGGGCUCAAUAUAAGUCGUCCAGACUUCUACCGUUAG